AAACUUCAAUGUUAAUUUGUAAAAUGAAAUACUGAUGAAUCCUUAUCAGUCAACAUCUGUUAGUUUAGCUCGUUAGACAUAUUUCAACAAAAGUGACUGUAACAAAACCAAAGAAACGAUGUCUCGGAUUAACUUCACAGUCCUGCUGAUAGUUACUACCAUCGGCGUCAUUCAAGCUGGACCGGAAGAAAAUGAAGGCGUUAAAUAUGCUGACCAGUGCGAAGCCUGCAAAAUUUUGGCCAUCGAGCUUGAGGCGCGUUUGUCGGAAACGGGAAAAUCGCAUGAUGUUCUUGAGCUGGGGUACUCUCUGGAUGAUGUAAAGCCUAAGAAAAAAACCGAAUAUCGGAAAAGUGAGCUCAGGUUGCUGGAGUCAAUGGAAAAUGUCUGCGAACGAAUCCUGGAGUACAAUAUCCACAAGGAACGCAAGGAUAGCACACGUUUUGCGAAGGGUAUGUCUCAAACGUUCCAAACCCUGCACGGUCUAGUUGACAAAGGUGUCAAAGUUGAUCUCGGCAUUCCGAUUGAGCUCUGGGACAAACCGUCAGCCGAGAUCACUCAAAUGAAAACACAAUGCGAAACCCUCGUUGAGAGCUAUGAGGACGUGAUAGAAACGUGGUAUUUUAAGAAGCAAAACGACGUAAAAUUAAUCAAAUACUUGUGCGAGGACCGCGUUUUGAAAGGUCGAAAUCAUCAAUGCUUGUACGAGGAAUUAUCCACUAAGAAAGACGAUGGAAAAUCGGAUGAGACUGAACAAAGCAAUAACGAGAAGGAAGAGUUGUGAGGUGGUAUUUGCCAAACGUUGUUCACUAGUAUCGAUGUACCAUUUUAUUCCUCUACAUGUUUAAUCCUAACAAAUUGUUCCAAAUUAUCUGUAAAUUAAAAAAAAAACUGUCAAUUUCAACAGCCACAGACGAACAAAUAAAGUCUGCUCAGUUUACCUUCAAUUAAACCGACUUUAUGUUCAA